UGAAAUUUAAACUAAAAUCAUUUUGAAUUUAGUAAGAAUGACCAGUACCACUGAAUUACUAAUUUACCUUUAAAUUUCAAUUUUUACAAAGGCCAAAAUUAUUUUAAUUAAAGUUUUUUCAAGAUCGGAAAAUCAAUCAGGAUAUAGUAAGUUGAAAAUUCGACAUGAACGCGGAAGACACGAAAAUCUCUUCGGGCGGAAUUCGGGAGAAACAUGCAGUGUGCAAAAAAGUUGACAAAUUCAGGAUCCUCCUGGCUUUGCGGGGCUAUCGAUGCAUUGAUGCGCAGCUCCUACCAGGAAAACUAGCAAGACUGCGGACUAUCCUCCGCGUCCGUGAGCCCAUCGUGGGUGAUCGCCUGGUUCUGCGAGUUGGAUCUGUCGAUGGGUUCCAUGGGCUGUGGCUGUUCCCGUUGCUGCCGAGGAGCUCCUGUCCGUUGCUGAUUCUCGAGUGGUGCGUUCGCAGAGUGACCAUUCGCGCCGUUACAAAUUGACUUGCGUUGAGACCUCCAAGGGCACGCGUUUACGGUCACUAUAUUCUGCAUAUCGGGCCCGAAAUCUGAUUCCUUACAAGGUUCUGUGGCGUAUCCAACCUUCAGAUGCCAGCAGAAGAAUCUUUGAGCACUGCUGGAAUAUUGGAUCCUUGCUGUCCUCGUCGAUAAACAGUUCAAUCAUCACGAUCUCGUCGCAGGGAUCCACAGUGCGAUUAACGACACUCCACCUGUCGGUUACCAGAUCCGGGUUCUACUUUUCCAUCAGUGCAAAGAUGCUGCACAAGGACUCCCCGGGUCGGACCAAGGGCAAAACGGAGGAACAUCGAAGAAGAUCUAAGAAUUGGAUGAAGAGCAAGCAGAAAUGGGGUGGGCACAAUAUGUCCAUCACCCAAUUGGCGGUUUAAUCAUCCACACACGAUCAACAGGUUCGAACAGAACAGAACAUCAGAAUGGCAAAUCCCGCUAGACUAGCGGGUUUUGUCAAUUUCUAUUGUAUU